CUUUAGUGCAACAACAACAAAAAUAUAGGUCUCUGGUGUAAUGUAUAUGCGUAUACCGUGAUAAUCGGUGUCACUGUCGAGCUACGCUGCGCAAGGAAGUAACCUGCUCCAGGAACAAGAUGGACUUUCUAAGACUUGAUCCCGAGGAAAGAGAAAAAGCAUUAAACACUUUGCGGGCCAAAAAACAUCCUAUUUACGAUGGCUGUAUGCUUCCGAAAUUUCCUUCACUAUUGGCUAACACUGAAAAACACAUGGAGGCAAUUAGGAAUUAUGACUCAAAGGAAACGGAUGUACUACUCUGUUCAUUUCCCAAAGCAGGGACACAUUGGGUACACGAGAUCGUGUCGAUGAUCCUACAGGAAGGAGCUCAAUAUACCAGUGGUCAUAAAGUAAAUUUCAUGCUGGAAGCUAUGAACCUUGAAGAUUUUGAUAAUCGCCCUUCGCCACGUUUCCUCAAUACCCAUGUUACAUUUCGUCACAUCCCAAAGAAACACGUAGAUAAUGGGUACAAAAUCAUUCAUGUAUCAAGAAACCCAAAGGAUGUGAUGGUGUCAUUCUAUAACCACGCAAAGAAUGAUCCAUGUGCACUCUGUACAGAGGAAGAUUUUCCUGGAACUUGGAACGACUAUAUACAGGAUAUGUGUGCAAACAAACAUAAUUUCUAUGGUGGUUUUGUCAACUACGAACGCGAAUGGGAGGUGGCGAAACGCACAAAAGUAGUAACAAAUGUCCAUAGCGUGUUCUACGAAGACUUGAAAAAGAAUCCAGUUGGAGAAAUAGAACGCAUGGCAGCAUUUUUGAAGAAAGAAUUAAGCCCUAAGCUUAUACGGGAUAUUGCCGACAAAUGUUCAUUCAAACAUCUUGCUGAGGCUACAACUUCAGGCCAAAAAGGGCAGGAUAUUACUCCGAUAUUUUCAACGAAUAAAACAAACUUCCUAUUCAGAAAAGGUACAACAGGAGACUGGAAGAAUUGGUUCACUGUCGCACAAAAUGAAAUGUUCGAGCUAAUGCUUGAAAGUCAGUUGAAAGACACCGGCCUAAAGUUCACAUAUGAAUUGUAAAUGGACUAAGAAUUUGACAUAAGACAAUACUGCAGUAAAUUGAAGAAGAGGUACGAAUGGAACUUAUAUGUAUUUAAAUAUAUUGUAGCCAUAGCACACUCGUCAUUGUCAAUAAAACGCAUUAAUAUAUUCUAAUCAUUUAAUCAACAAAUAAUAAUUAAAACCAAACUUUAAGUGCUUUUUUGAUGUUUUAAUGUUAAAUCCGGCUUUGGCUCAUUUUUGAACUUCAAAGUUGAUUUUACUUUGCAUUCGCUGUAACCAUUCUUACAUGCUAUUUCAUGGCAUUCUUUGUGUUAGCCGAAUCACUGUUUUUGAUAAGAUACAACAAACUCUGAUCGGAGAUCUCUUCGAACCUUUCUGACUUCGAACCAGCAACCAUCGCUAGGCGUUGCUAGAUAUACUGUUUACAAAUCAUGAACAGAAAGACGCUUCAUCGUAAUCAUUUUAGUGUUUUGGCGCGUGCGGAUGUUCCUGUCAAGUCAACUGUCAAAAGUAUUGACAGGAGAACAGUCGAAAUACUUUAUUUACAUAAAGAGUCAGGUAACAAAUAUGAUCGUUGACUGAUACACCCUUAUAUUACAACAGUUUAGAUAUGUAUUAGUGUACCCCGACUUAUCUUCUUUAUCUUAUAGUGUUAAUAUGUAUUGCUGUACCACGACUAAACUCCUUUAUCUUAUAGUGUAAAAUCUAUUAUCGUAACCCGACUUAACCCCCUACCGAGACUUUACUCCUUUAUUUAACAGUGUAAAAUCUUACAAUAUAAAUAUAUAAUGUUCUUCCGCGACUUUGUUUUUUUUACGUUAUUACGAAAAGUGAACUAUAAUACUACCUUGUGGUUGUUUAAAAUUUGUAUAUUAAAUAUUUCGCUGACGUAACCGACUGUGACCAUAUGAUAUAGUCACAUGCAAGAGACGUAUUCGUGUUGUUCUAUCUUUGUGUUAAUAUAAACUGUUACGUAUUGUUUCGACAUGGUUUUGCAAACCACUAACAUAAAGCUAUUAUCUAUUAUUUGUUUUGAAUACUGAUACGAAAAUAUGUGUAUUGUUAGCCUACUGUUAGAUCAGCUGAGUGUUGAUCGCUGUGUAAAUUAUUGUUUUACUAAUUAUUAAUAAAGUAUUUACGCCAUUCCUAAGUAUUAUAUCAAGGAUAGUAUAUAAAUCUUGUUAUAACAACAAUCGGUAGGUCAUGUUUACGUCUAAAUAUCCCCUAAUGAUGUCGGAAGUGAUUCAAUACGUCAUCUCCUGGGCGCUGACAUCUUUGUUUAUCUGCCGAUGUAUUAAAGUACAAACGUAGGAUGUCAUUGGCUGGUUUUAUGUAUCGCGUCGUGUUAUUGGUCGGUCGGUUUUAUAUCUCCGAUGCACAUGUCUGUUGUCUCAGCAGGUACAUCGGGGAGUCUUCUUCCACUCAGUCAUCUGUGCGGCAGCAUUAUUGUUUCGCCAGAUAGAAAGGUAAUAUUUUACCCCUUUGGAAGCUCCAUCUUUUUAUUAAAUGUUCUAAAUUGUUAAACGGCACCAGACACGUUAAAUUUAUUAAUAUUUGGUACAGAUUUAUUAUUAUAAAUCGUGUAAAGUAAUAUUUUCAUUCCGUCUACUAGCGGCUGUCCCAAAUAGCCCUGAGUAGUGCCCCGAAUAGUUCCCCAAUGGAAUGCUCCGAAUGGGGUUGACAUAUUAGGAUGAUUUUCCCCAACAUUCCCGGGGAAAGUCCCCCGCAUUUAGGCCGACCAGUGGCCCCGAUCAUAAGAUUUAUGGAAUCUGUAAAUACAUAUAAAUAGUACUU